AAAUCGCUGACUUCUUCGUCCUGAAUGGCUACUUCCUAACAUAAAAGUCUUAUCCAGCCCAAGUCCAUGAGGGUGGACUUUCUGCUGCUGGAUUGUGCAUGACACGCACCUCACCUGCAGCUUCCUGUUUUCCCGCGUCCAUUGUGCAUGUCUGCCGUGUAAUGUAGUUUUUGGACUUGAACAAUAAAAACGUCAAUUACACAUACAUAAAUACCUAACCUACCUCUUAUACCUAAUCUAAUCUUUCUUCAAAUCAGUCAAGUACCUUCAUCUACAUAGUAACAAUCCUGCGAUUUUUAUCCUAAGAAAUCAUACGCGAGUUCCCAUCUUUUCCCGAAUCCCGAGCUUACCUUUCUAUCUCAAUUACCUCGUUUGCCUCAGCCUUCUUGCAUUAAUACAUGUACCUUAGCUGUGCCCAGCCACAAAAACUGACGCGUACCUACAUGGUGCAACAUCGGCAACGACCAAGAAAUAUAUCGGGAUAAUUCGCAUCUCCUCACCUACAUAGUAGGCAUUUAGCUUUAUGCCUGCAAAAGAUCUACCACGAACUAGCCAUGUCCGAACCGAAGAAGAAAGGGCUCCUGAGUGGUCUGAUGCGCAGGAUUAGUAACGCUCAAGGGAGCGGGAAGCUGGUGAAGGAUUCGCCAUCAAGACGGGCGAGCGAUAGCGAUGCACUUGUACGUAGACGUCGUUCUGAUACGUCCGAUAUCGUCAAUUCUCGUAGGCGGCCGCGCCGCCCAGAUCCACGUGAUGCAAAAGGGAAAGGUAGGGAGCAGCCAAACGGCCGCAAGUACGAGCCGGCACCCUUGUCAGAAUGGCCGCCGUCUGGUAUCGCUAGCGAGGAAGAGCUCACUCUGGGCCACGCGAUGGAACUCAUCUCGAGAGGCGUUCCGGCACACAAGGGACAUAAGCGGCCUAUCCCACAUGCAUCAGAUCAUUAUUACGGAUUAUACACGACUACAGCAGGCAACCACGGUGAUGAUAACGAUACUGUUAACCAGCAUGAUGCCAUGACUCAACUUACAUCCCUGACUAUCCAGGGUUCGGGUCAACCUAGAUACCCCUGGGAAACUCUUGAACAGCCGAGCCUUGCCUUUGGAUUUGGAGGGCGGCCGGGCACUAUCACUUUAAAUCACUGGGCGAAUAUAUUCAGCGCAAUCCCACCACCCAUUGCGCUUCGCGAUCCAGGGGUUGUGCCGAGAGAAGUCGACUUGGUCUCCAUAUUCGACCGACUACAGGAUCUGGAAGCUGGCCUAGAAGAUGAUAAUGACGAGCUCCUAUAUCGUUUAUAUAAGCGCUUCUUGAAAGAUCCAGACAAACUCUUCAGCCCGCAUAAGACAAUGGAGAAGCAGAUUACAGAUUUGGUCAUGUGCUUGUCAAGCCCGGAUUGGAUUGACUUUUCCAUUCCGAAGAAUCAGGUCGUCACGAAAUUUAUAUAUGACACGAGCCCUGCAAACCACAAACAAUAUUAUAAAUUCUUCUACCAGCUACUCCUGAGCCUCGAAUUGGAACUACGAAUUAAUUCGAAAAAGCAUACGGACUGGGCCAAGGAAAGACUCGUGGAGCAAAUACCGCCAAGGAUUCAGUGGAAUCUGGCCCUUGCCAGGCGAUGGAGAGAUUUCGUGCGGAUCGAAGAUUACGGCGAGGAGCCAGAACAGAUCAAACUACGGUUUAAGAUGAGGAGGAGACAGGUCAGCAUGCUGAAAAGAUUUGCUCAGAUGAUGAAGUGGCCGAACCUCACUCAGACGAUAGCUGAGCUCAAGCAAAGAGAUACCGAGGGAACGCUAAUGAUUGUUAGUUCGCACGCAAUGGCUUUCUUCAGCGGCCUAGUCUUACCAGGGCCUACAUUUCCUUUCUUGAUCAUGAACUCUUUAAUCGAUAUUGAUCCUGAUAAGGCAACUGACAAUCUCGCCUUGCUCACGCAUCUUCAUCCCCAUUGCGGUUUCCAGUACCGCAAAAGCUAUACUUACUGGAGAUCAGCUUGUAUCGUCGGUAAGGUCCUUGCACCGACAUGCCACGAGGUUGCUGGCUGGGUUGGUCCGGCCAGACCGACAGUAGACCUUGGUCACUCUCAGAUAGCCCGGAUCCGUUCAAGAAAGCCACGUCAGAAUGUCCUAACGCCAGAGGACGUGACUUCUAUGAGUGAUAGAUCGGAUCCCUUAGGACCACGAUCUGAGAUCUACCCUGUCGCGGACUACGACUUGCUAAUACCGGAUACGGAUGACAUAGUAGAUACCGUCCGACUCGAGCUUGUUAAUCUCAAGGAAGUUGCCGAUAAGCAGGAUUCGGGCCCGCAAUGGUUCGAGGCAUCGUUGCAGUUUGCCAUCGACGGCGUGUCGUGGCCACUUCACCUUACGUUUGAUGUCUCGUUCAUCAAUGCUUGGCCGUGCUCUGACGGGCCUCACCCUCUAUUCUUCGACUAUGUCUUCACUAUACGCAAGGUUGACGAAAUCGUAAAUAUCCUAGACUGGGGUAAACCAAAUAGUAGGGAAAGGAGUGUUCGUCCGACAGUAGCUGGCGGGAGCAAGUCACCCGAAUUCGAACCCAUCCACGGAGGAGACGAUGCAGAGAGAGUCCUAGUGAUCGAGGCGUUCGGCAACCGGGACAAUGAAGUCUUGGCACGGGCGUGGUGCUCUCAUUGGGGACUCAGCGCAGUAGUAGCGGAUGUUGGCAGGACUUGGUGAGUUAUUUUCGUCGCACGACGAUGGCAGAUAAUUGAU